AAGUACGAUCGCCAGCGACCUGCGGGAUGAACGGAGCUGAAAGUUGGUAUCGUGUGCGGGCAAGACGGUAUCUCCCCGAUGAGCAAGGAGUGUCGUCCACGCCGUGCGCACUUCCUCAGCCAGGCGCGCAGAGUCCGAUAGAUGUCGGGAUGAAUCGGCGAGGGAAUCGUCGUGAUGUCCCCCUUGAAGACGAUGACGACGGUGACGUGCCAGGAGGGGACAGUCGCCGAAAGGCCGAGAUCUCGGCCAGAACGCGCGUAGUGGCUGCCUCCGUGAAUCGGAUCUCCGCCGCCGCGUGGAUCGCCGCCAUGCUGAAGAAGGCUGCGAACCGCAGGAGAUCAGCGCAGAGAUGGGGCCGUUGCACUUGCCGGAUGACGCUGAUUCGGCCCCUCGGAGUAAGUAGCCGCGCACGGAUCACUUGCUCCGUUGCAAAGCUCAUGGCGAUGGUGGCGGGGACGGGGUACCUGAGAGAACGAGAUGAGGAGGGAUGGACAGGUGAUAAGCAGUCGUCGUCCUCUUCCGCAGCGGAGGAGGAGACGAAUAAAGGUGGAGAGGGCGAAGAGGGAAGGGGACGUAGAUAGGACACGUGGCGUGUGAUCGGUCGAGCCCAUCGGCUGCCGGAGACCUCAGGCGCAAGCCGCACGG